AGCUACUCAGUUAAUCUAAAUCCGCUUGGGGCGAUUGACUUCAAUCCAAGCCGAUAGCCUGUCACUGUCGAUAGGAUUUCAGUCCGUCGUAGAGAUUUUCGGUACUUUAGUUUUAAUUUAAGAUUGGUGACAAUGAAUAACGGUGGCAGGAACAUUCCCGCCCAAAUGCCGAUUUCUGAUGUUCAGCUGAUGGAAUGUAUACUGAAGAAGAGAUACGAACAUGCGAAGCUUCAAAGCAAGGAUUACUCACAUUUAUUUCGCCCCAAAACCCGCUGGGAACUGAUCCGUCUGACAUUGCUGUUUGUUGGUAUCCAGUUUACUUACGCCGCUCAAACUGCUUUCGUAACGCCGAUUCUGCUCGAACUCGGGCUCAGUCACACCUUCAUGACAAUGGUUUGGGCCAUAUCACCGACCCUAGGAUUCUUCUUCGCACCGGCCAUCGCAUCCUUCAGUGAUCAUAUUUGCUUACAGUGGGGCCGUCGGCGACCGGUCCUGCUCGGACUGGGCAUUGGAUUGAUUCUCGGGCUGAUCAUUCUACCUCGUGGAAAAAACAUUGGAAUCUACUUUGGCGAUGAUGACGUCGGUUCCGUUGAACAGUUAAGUGGAUUUCGGUGGGGGAUUCUGAUGACGAUACUGGGCAUGAUUCUAAUUGAUUAUAAUGUUGAAACUUGCAACGGAGUUGCACGGACUUAUUUCAUGGAUAUGUGUAUCAGAGACGAUCAUCCGAAAGCGCUGAGUGUAGCUUUGAUGAUAGGAGGAUUGGGAGGUUUCGUUGGAUACAUGUUGGGUUCUUUCGAUUGGUCUCGAACGAAUCUUGGCGAUAUCCUAGGAUCAAACGAAGCCACUGUAUUCGGUGCUGUGGUCAUUGCAAUCGUUGUAGGACUAGCUGUAUCACUAUCAAGCUUUCGAGAAGUUCCACUUCCUUUACUGGAACAGGACGAGCUGCUUCGGCCUAUCACUAGAUCAGUAUUUGAGGCAGCAAAAAAAGAACGUGUUUGCUACAUGUCCAUGGUUAGUGAUGAUGCCACUAGUGUAAGUACAGAAACUACUAAAAGCAAUGAAAGAAUCAUCGACGACGAUGAUCACGGACGGCCACCGGGAGUCAAACAGUUCUUCACUAAUCUCAUUGCUAUGCCAAAAGCAUUGAAAAUACUAUAUUUCACCCAGUUCCUCUCGGUUUUGGGCUAUCUGUGCUACUGUUUGUAUUUCACUGAUUUUGUUGGACAAGAGAUUUUUCUCGGCGACGUAACAGCCGCAAAAGAUUCUCGUGAGUUCGAAUCAUACAACGAAGGUGUUCGUUUUGGAUGUCUUGGCAUGGGAGUAUUUAUUCUAAGCAGUUCCGGUUAUUCCAUUGUUAUCGAGCGUGUGAUUAAAAAGUUCCGAGCGAAACCUGUCUAUGUCGCAACUCUGUUGCUGAACGGUGCUGGAAUGCUUGCAACAGCCAUCAUCAAGCAGAAAUUUUCCGUUUUCAUUUGCUGUGUUACGAUGGGAAUUGAGUAUGCUACGAUAUAUUCGUUACCUUAUUUGUUGAUUUCAGAAUAUCAUACGAAAAAUUCGUUUGAGGUGGUGUUAGGAAAAUACGUGCCUUGCACGCAGAAACGAGGAUUUGGAGCAGAUGUGUCAAUGCUAAGCAGUAUGCUCUUUCUGGCACAGAUCGUAACGUCACUCACGAUUGGCAGUGUAAUAGACCUGAUCGGCACAAUUACCACCGUAUUAUAUUCGGCCAGCUUGUUUUCAUGCUUGGCAGCCCUUUCGGCUACUAGAAUCUCUUUUAUGGAUCUCUAG